AUGCGGAUUCUUGUUUUCGGAGCCACCGGAGCGUCGGGCAUCCUCAUUGUUCGCGAGCUCCUCGCCAAACUGCAGUCACCAACCGUUGUCAUCUACGCACGCUCGCCCGAAAAGCUUCCUGAAGACAUAGCUACCAACCCUCAGGUUAUAGUCAUCAAAGGCGAAUUGGAUGAUGAAGAUGGACUAGACAAAGCGCUCGAAGGCAGCGACGUGGUCGUCUCAGUAUUGGGACCAAUCGUGACCAAAGGCCCCUUCCAUCCUUCGGGAACGCCCUUAGCUAAGGCGUACGAACGAAUCAUUGGUAUGAUGAAGAAGAAAUCCAUCAAGCGACUUCUCGCUCUUGGGACUGCGUCGAACGCAGACCCCGCCGAUAAAUUCAGCCUCAAGUUCUCCACUCUCGUGGCAGGCGUCGCCACCUUUGCAAGAAACGCCUACAAGGAUGUGGUUGCAUGGGGGGAAUUGAUUCGCAAAGAGGAUGACUUGGAGUGGACGCUAAUGAGGGUCGCUAUCUUGACGUCGGGGGAAUCGAAGGAAUAUGCUGCGGGUUACAUUGGGGCCUCAAACAUUGGAACUUUCUUGUCUCGAGCUGCGUACGCUGCAUUUGUCGUUGACGAGAUUGAGAGGAGGGAAUGGGUCAGAAAGGCUCCUAUGAUAGCCUCGGUAUGA